GGACUGAGAAAUGUUCGAACUCACCGAGAGCUGUCGCUGCCAACCAACAUUUAAAAUCCACCACCUCUUCUGAAUUGUAAAGCGUUUGUCCAGCAUCGCUACUUUAAAUUCCAAUUUCAUCCUCUUUGCAGCAGUGCGUUUUUAAAGUUCCUAGGUCUGGAUUAUAUCAUAGGAUUUAUUCACCUCUCCCGCUUUUUCUUGGUCCCGGAGAUUAAUUACAAAGUUCCGUCAACUAUCAAAAGGAACCAACGACCACGCGAUAACCUCCUAAAUAUCCUCAACCACGAAUACAGAGUAAACAAACCCAACACCUCACCUUAUAGAACCUUCGAAUUCACUCCCUAGAGACUUUUACAUAUCUUCAUAAUGGCGGACGGUCCAGAUAAGACUGACGAGCUCUAUCCCAUAGCUGUUCUCAUUGAUGAAUUAAAGCAUGACGAUGUUACUUUAAGACUAAAUGCCAUUCAUCGACUGUCAACAAUCGCCCUCGCACUUGGAGCAGAUCGCACAAGAGACGAGUUGAUCCCCUUCUUAGAUGAAUCUGUCGAAGACGAAGACGAAGUUCUCACGGCCUUGAGCGAGGAACUCGGAAAUUUUGUAGAAUAUGUUGGCGGGCCAGAAUUCGGCCAUGUUCUUCUGUCACCCCUCGAGAACCUUGCCGCCAUCGAGGAACCCCUGGUGCGAGAAAAGGCUGUGGAAUCCUUAAACAAGAUAUGCGAGGAGCUAUCCUCGCAACAAGUCGAAGAGUACUUCAUUCCCCUCACAAUCCGACUUUCAAAAGCCGACUGGUUCACCUCAAAGAUCUCCGCCACAGGAUUAUAUAACGUACCAUACAAGAAGGCGUCGCCUCCAAUGCAAGAGCAGCUCAGACAACAAUUUGGCCUUUUGGUUCAUGACGAAACUCCUAUGGUCCGAAGACAAUCUGCAAACAACUUGUCGAAAUUUGUGAAGGAAAUGCCCGCUACGAUAGUUGUGGAAGAAAUGAUACCCUUGUUCCAACACCUUGCCGGCGAUGACCAGGAUAGCGUACGUUUAUUGACAGUAGAGAUUUUGAUUGCAAUUGCGGAAGUUGUACCAAAGGAGCAGCAAUCAAGUCACGGAGUCCUACUCACAGCUUUGAGGAGUUUAAUCGAAGAUAAAAGUUGGAGAGUGAGGUAUAUGGUAGCUGAUAGAUUUGAGAAGAUUGCAAAAGCGGUUGAUGAUGAAGUUGUGACAAGAGAUCUUGUACCAGCAUUUGUCAAAUUAUUGAAAGACAGUGAAGCGGAAGUACGUACAGCAAUUGCUGGUCAAAUUCCUGGUUUCUGCAAGCUUGUCGAUCAUACCACCCUCUUAAACGACAUCAUGACUACUGUCGAAGAUUUGGUUUCUGAUACUUCUCAACAUGUUCGGGCUGCUCUUGGUACCCAAAUCAGUGGACUUGCACCAAUUCUUGGCAAGCAAGAGACUAUCGAUCACUUACUUCCAAUGUUCUUGCAAAUGCUCAAAGAUGAAUUUCCAGAUGUCCGUUUACACAUAAUCUCCAAGUUGGAGUUGGUGAACCAAGUCAUUGGCAUUGAUCUCCUCUCACAAUCCCUUCUUCCUGCUAUUGUACAGCUCGCUGAAGAUAAACAAUGGCGUGUUCGCUUGGCAAUUAUUGAGUACAUUCCUCUAUUGGCCAGCCAACUCGGUGUUCAAUUCUUUGACGAGAAGUUGGCUGCUCUCUGCAUGGGCUGGCUCGGGGAUACAGUCUUCUCCAUCCGUGAUGCGGCAACAAAGAACUUGAAGAAGCUCACCGAAGUCUUUGGCGUCGAUUGGGCGAAUGAAGCUAUCAUUCCAAAGGUUAUGGCUAUGGGAGCUCAUCCAAAUUAUCUUUACAGAAUGACAACCUGCUUCGCAAUUACAACACUUGCACAAGUCGUCAGUCUCGAUGUUGUCUCAAAUUCUAUCCUACCUAUGAUGGACAAAUUAGUAGCUGACGAUAUUCCAAACAUUCGUUUCAAUGUCGCCAAAUCAUACUCUGAGAUCAUCUCAGUUCUCAAGAGAUUGCCAGACGAGGGUACCGUGUAUUCGCUAGAGAAGUCCGGUAGCUCAGAACCGCCCUCGGCUAGAGGCCAAGAGCUUAUCCAAGAAAGAAUUCUACCAAAUUUGGAAAAGUUGCAAAAGGAUGAUGAUGUCGAUGUUCGGUUCUUUGCUACUACGGCCGCAGCUUCUAUUUCUGGUGAGCCUAUGGAAACCUCAUAGAUAGGGAAUAAAGAUGUCGCACAGGGGAACCAAAACGUCUCUUCUUUUGCGCCAGUAGGCUGAGCAUGGUGGCUUUGCUGUUUUCCUGUUAUUCUAGAUCGGAGCAUGAAAUCCAGCAUAGUCCCUUCUAAUAAGUUUUUGAUAAGCGACCUCCCUCAUAAGCAGAUGGUAGGCCAUAAAACCGUAGAGAAAAAUCAAAUGAGAACGAUAUACUAAAUGUUUCAAUGUUUGUGAUUAAUGAAUUGUGAACCACGCAUCUCGACUAUGGCA